UCUAUAUAAAUAAUCAAAACCAGUAACAGGACGUGGAGACCUCAGCAACGAGAUGGCCUCUCAUUGGCCCCUAAGAUCAUUUCAAAGACUCUUCACUGUCUCUCUCUUCUUUCUAUGUGCGGCCCUCACUUUUCUAGCUUUGUCUUUCAGGCCAAAACCCACCCAUUAUUACACUAGACUACUCCAGGCUCAGGCUAACCCUAAUUCCCAUGGCAGCACCUGGUUCGAUCUUGUUUCCAAAAUGGUCGAUACCCAGAAAGUUAAGAUUGGUCUGGUUAACGUAGAUGAUGAUGAUAUAAAGAGUAUUUAUUAUGAUACGUAUUAUGGAUCAUUAGCAGAGACUGUUUUUGUGGAUUUCGAACCUGUUUCCAAGGACAAAAUAUGGGAGGAUUUUUUCCCAGAGUGGAUAGAUGAAGACCACAAGUGGGGUAUACCACGGUGCCCGGAGAUUCCCAUGCCGAGACUAGAGGAUUACGUCGGCUUGGAUGUCAUCGUGGCUAGGGUUCCUUGUGGUGGUGGUGGUGAAGAAGGGAAGAAGAAGAAAGGAAUUAGGGAUGUAUGGAGGUUGCAAGUGAAUUUGGUGGUGGCUAAUCUUGCGGUGGCGAAUGGGUGGGUGCAGAACCCAGCUGCAGAAUACACUGAACGGACUAUGUAUGUUGUGUUCAUGGGGUCCUGUGGAGCCAUGCAAGAGAUUUUCAGAUGUGAUGAUCUAUUAACUCACGUAGGUGAUUAUUGGGUGUACAAGCCUGAACUGAGGAAGCUGAAGCAAAAGGUACUAAUGCCGGUUGGAUCAUGCCAGAUUGCUCCACCAUAUGCAGAGAAAGGUCAAGAAAUAUGGAAACAAAUACUAUCAAAACAAACGAGCAGGCUCAACCACAUCACAUUCCAAAGGGUUGCCUAUGUAACAGUCCUCCAUUCCUCGGAAGCUUAUGUCUGUGGUGCUAUAGCUUUGGCUCAAAGUAUAAUUCAAACCAAAUCUACAAAAGAGCUUGUCCUCCUCCAUGAUUCCUCCAUAACUGCAAAGUCUCUUCAAGGUUUAAGAGCUGCUGGGUGGAAAGCCAGGUUGAUAGAACCCAUAAGAAGCCCCUCUGCUAGAAAGGGCUCAUACAAUGAGUGGAACUAUAGCAAGCUUAGAAUUUGGCAAUUGAUAGAUUAUGACAAAGUUAUUUUCAUAGAUGCAGAUGUUAUAGUUCUUAGAAACUUGGAUAAAUUCUUUCUUUACCCUCAAUUGUCAGCUUCUGCAAAUGAUAAGGUGUUAUUCAACUCUGGAAUCAUGGUUGUAGAGCCAUCGAUGUGCACAUUCGAAGAUCUCAUGUCGAAGACUACUAAGUUAGCUUCUUAUAAUGGAGGUGAUCAAGGGUUUCUCAAUGAAGCUUUCACUUGGUGGCAUCGGUUGCCUUCAAAGUUAAAUCAUCUUAAGGUCUUCCAAAGAAAAGGAGACCCAAAUCAUGAAAUCCCAGAAGACCUUUAUGCUAUUCAUUUGUUGGGGUGGAAGCCAUGGAUGUGUUAUAGGGACUAUGACUGCAACUGGGACAUGGUGGUUCGUCACAUUUUUGCCAGUGACUCAGCUCACAGAAGGUGGUGGCAGAUAUAUGAUGCUAUGCCAAAGAAAUUGCAGAAAUUUUGUGGGCUAACUAGGCAGAUGGAUGAGAGGAUGAGGAAGUGGAGAAGUAUAGCUAAGAAAGAAGGUUUGCCUGAUGGACAUUGGAAGAUCAAGGCUACAGACCCUAGACGACAUCAUUUAAUUUCUUGAAUUAGAUUAACUCUUCCUCUCUAAACUCCAUUUACUAUGAACCAAAACUUAAAUAUAUGAAAUCAACAUGCAAAAUAAAUUGAUUUAAUUAUAUAUUUUGUAUGUUGAGUAUGAUUGCAUAAUCUAACUAACCACUAUGAUUAUACAUU